AAUAACCUGUAUUAUUCAAAGUAUAAUUAUGGACAGUAGAAGCGUCAUCAUUGAGUUGUUAUUCUUCUUCUUUUUUUUUUUUUUUAAACAGUACACUAUUUUUUCCUUUUUCUAUUUUAUGCUCAUUCUACUUAUCUACUGCCCAAUAAUCACAUGUAACAUAUUACAUAUAUGUAUUUAUAUAUACAACUCUUCUUGAGUCUAGAAUACUUAUAUAUUAAGCUUUCCAAAAUUUCAAAGUCAAAUGAAAGUAUUUUAAUACUACUACUAUAUUAGACAACGAUAGUAGUGGUUAAUAUCUGUCAUAUUUAUAAAGGAAAAUGAGUUGUUCAACUUAUUAUUAAACUUUU